CCCUUUUUGUCUGUUCUGUUUCCACAGCAAUCAGGACUUUACGAGUAUAAAAUCUUUGGUGGCCUUACUGAGUGUCCCCCAGAGUUGUGUGCAGAUGUCUAUAUGGAUUUAGAGUACAGAAAACAAUGGGAUCAGUAUGUUAAAGAGCUGUGCGAGAAGACUUGCAAUGGGAAGAGAAUAAUCUACUGGGAAGUGAAGUACCCUUUCCCUUUGUCGAACAGAGAUUAUGUAUACAUUCGGGAACAGCGCAAUAUAGAUGUUGAUGGGCGGAAGAUCUGGGUUGCGCUGGCUAAAAGCGUGUCCCUUCCGGAGUGCCCAGUAAAUCCUGGGAUUAUCAGAGUAGAGGGUUACGAGCAAAGUCUGGUGAUUGAGAGUGAUGGCAAGACUGGAUCCAAAGUUUACAUGUAUUACUUCGAUAAUCCUGGUGGCAUGAUUCCGUCUUGGCUCGUUAACUGGGCAGCCAAGAGUGGAGUACCUGCUUUCUUGAAAGAUAUGCAGAGGGCUUGCCUUAAUUAUUGCAAGAAAACCUAAGUUGCUGCUUCGAGCCUGUCACUGAAUUGUCCAUUGAUUUGGGUGUCCCACAUUGGAUGCUUCCAAGCCGGACUAUUGUGAAACACUGGAUGAAAUCUACCUCCUGAGAUACACUACUCAUGAGUUAGGUUCUGUUGGCAUAUGCCUUUGAAAUUGUUGAGCCUUUAUAUUUUUUUCAUUUGCCAUCUGUUGUGCUCUUCAGCUAGAUAGCUGGCCAUUCUUCCUUCAACUGCUGAUGCAAUUACUACCUGCUUUUCAAACGGUUUCCUUCCUUUUUAUCUUAUUCACUCCCCCCUCAUUUUCUAUAUGCUUUCUACUGACAGUCACUUGAGGGGAACCCCGGCUCCUAUUUAACUCUCAACAGAGGGUAGGUCCUGUUACUCCUUGUUGGAGAUGAAUACUUCUAAAAUGGCAGCUUUUUAAAGUAUGUUUCUGAUUUGUGUGGUAAAUUAGGUCUCUGUACACAUUAGAUAACCAGUUCUGGCAUAUGCAGCCUAGUUAAUGUGGUCCUUCUGCCAAAACUAGCUGCCUUUUUGAAGGUGCUCUCAAAUCUAAUGCACUGGGUACUUUUCAGUAUGUUUCUUCAUCUCCUUACUUGCUAAAUUUUAUUGCUGAGAGCUGACAUUCGUGGAUCAGAAAUGCAUAUCUUGCUUUCUGGCCAUGCAAGUGGACAAGAUUUUCUAUAUGUGUUGAUAGAUACCCUGUAGUCUACUAGUACAAUGUUCCAUUUGCUGUGAUCAAAUAUUUCAUUUGCAUUUGGUUAAAUCCCAGUAGUGGUAUCUUUGCACCUAUCACAUCUCCUAGUUGGUACCUACCCAUGCUUUUGAGAAGAAGAUAGAAGAGACGUGCAAUAAGUAAAGUUGCGAUGAAAUACGACAAUGAGUCAGUUCCUUGUUCUGCUCAAAUGAAAACCAAUUACACACUAAAAGCCUAUCAAGCACUUACCUGAAAGAGUUCUGUGAGAAACAUAUCUCCCAUAUCAACUUUAACUUGAAAUCCCUUUAGGACUGUCCCAAUAUCAGAAGUUGUCAGGGAAUCUCCUAAAUGUUAUGCCGGUGAUUAACGUUAAGGUUUUGCUUCCUCAUUCUUGAUCCUGACAUAGAGAUCUUUAGCAGUCUUGGGGGUAGCUCAUGGUUCCAAGGGUUACACAAGGCGAGAAGGCCAAGAACCAAACUUUCCAGCUACUGCUAUAACUUAAAAGAUCCUAGAAAAAGAGGGAAAAUAUCACAUGCAGCAGCACCUCUGUGUGGGUGGAAUAUUGAAGGAAAACCAUUUUCACAAAGGUGGUGAUCUCAGGGACAUAACACAUGUGGUUAAUCUGGCCAUAUGCACGACCUUCAGGAGAAAGGCAAAUCUUCUCAGUGACUAACAAGACCUACAGUCAUGUCUGUAUAUAGAAGUAAUGGCACAAGUUAUUUGCCUUUAUACUAUACUUCACAUGCUCUGAAUGGUAGUUGAUUGAUAAAUUAAAAACAAAACGUUGAAGUUA